CUCGAUUCCAACAGUUGACGCACCACACUAUCACUAGAGUUGUGCCCGCGAUGGCUUUAAGAAGCUUCAGAUUGCGCCGAUUCCUGCUGCUGACGGCGACUACACUGCUAAUAGCAUUGGCAGUUGGCAGCGCUUCCGCAGCGGAGCAAGGCAAGGUCUCUGUUGAGCUUACCGAGUCCGAACCUGAUACCUCUGGAGUGACUGUGCCCGAGUUUGUUGCCACGAACGAGUGGCAGGAGCUGCUACCUGGACAAGGCGUGCCGCGUGGACUGCACGUGCGUUUGAACCUAGAGACUGGCAAACGAGAGGCAAAGCUGGUUGACCCUAAUGAAGCCGAGACAGAGGAAUCCAUGCGUUCGGUGGUCGUCGACCCAAAUGCUAAGGAGACUACCGUGACGGUGUCUACGGACAUCUCCGGCGACAUCGUGACUGAAGAGAACGAAGACGACACACUUACUGUCACCGAGGAGGAGAUUAGUGAGGAUACUGUCAAGGCAAGUGGUGAAGAUGUCGCGUCGGUUGUGAAGGAAGAAGACGAAGCACCACCAGCGGAACCGAAUUGGAACCACGAAAAGAUUUACGACGUGCUACAGGCGCUGCCAGAGCCACCCAAGGUUGAGGGCAUGGACAUCCACGAAGCACAUGAAAAGUUGUCUCCAGCAGAGUUCCGAAGGCAGAUUGUUACCCUCUGGAAAAAGCGUCAAGCUGAGUUGAAAGAGGCGCUUGAGUCUCUUCAGGAUGACGCCAAGUAUCUGGGCAAGCUGUUGGAGCAGUUUAAGGAGGCUGAGCAAAAGGGCGACACGGAAGGCCAGCUAUCUGUGCUCGAAGUGCUGGAAUGGGAAGUGCAGGAUCUCGACAAGACACACGUCUUCAACUUCAUUGGUGGUUUUGGCAUUGUUGCUGAGUAUCUGAACUCAACCAACUUGCCCAUCCGUGCAAGUGCCGCGUGGGUGGUCGGGUCUGCGGCAAAAAACUACAAGGAUGGCCAAGAGUGGGCUAUCGAUGCCGGUGUCAUUCCGAAGUUGGUUGACUCUUUAAGACUGGAGCUUCCGAGCAGCGAGGAUGCAGCGAAGGAUGUCUUGGAAGUGAAGAAGAAAGCCAUCUACGCACUAUCUUCCCUUGUCCGUUCCAAUGAGCGGGGACAGCGCCUGUUUUCGCUUCAUAAUGGACCGGAGCUCCUGGCAGGAUUGUUCGAUGAUGCUCACCCUGCUAAACUUCAGCUGAAGGUACUUCUGUUCAUGUACGACCUGCUGGCUGAAGCAACGGAGAUAAAGUUGCGAGGUGGUGAUGAUCCAGUUCCUUCCGCUUUGAUUGAGCUCGAAAAAGUAUUCCAGUCUGAAAAGUGGUGCCAACGUUUCUCAACGACUUUCGUCAAGAUGGCGCACCUACUUGCUCAUCGCGAAGUCAUUGAGCUGGUGGACGCCAUGCGGCACCAGCUUCCUGCGUGCCAACAGGUCCAUCAAACGUCAGGUAUCAAGACCGUCGUGGAGAAACUUGCUGAGGGUUUUGCUGGUGACGAGGAGCUUGACGCAGAAGAGAAGAAUGAGUUGGCACUGUUCUUCGAGGAUUUUCUAGGUCGUGUGUGAGUAGCAGGAUGCUUAGCAAUAGUUGCGCUUCGGACAUAAUCUAUUAACCCCUUAGUUCCCGGAAAAUCUGCACUGAGCUUGCAGGAAUAAGCUUGACAAUUCUUCUUUCUAC